AUGGCUGGAAUAAGGCCCAUUCCUUUGAGAAUCGCGCUCGCUCUGAGCUUUCCAAUUACUGCUUGGGCCCACAAUCCUACAGUCGAAUGGAUCAAAUGCCCGGUCGGUGUUACCAGCCCUGUUGAAUGUGGACAGAUCCAAGUACCGUUGGAUCACGCAACUCCUGAUGGAGAGACUAUUACUCUUAGUCUCACCCGUCUUCAAGCUACUAAUCCAGGCUGUGGUCCCAGGCAAGGGCUGUACAUAGAAAAUGGCGGGCCUGGCGAACCAAACGUGCAAACACCAUCCCAGCUCGCAAACGCACUGUCUACAGGAGGCAACUUAAGGCAUUGGUUGCCAUUGGUGCAAAAUUUUGACAUCAUCGGCGUAGAUAUGAGAGGAACUGGUAGGAGCAAUCCAGUUCAAUGCGACAAAGAUCUGUACACCAAGGUGCAGUGGCCAAUGAUUAAAGAUCAUCAAACUUACGACGAAACAAUGGCAAGAGCUAAAGAAUGGGGGGAGACCUGUGUCAACAUGACUGGUCCCUUGAUAAACCAUUUAGGGACUGAUCAGGCUAUUCACGAUUACGAAAUGGUUCGACAGGCCCUCGAACACGACAAAUUCAAUUAUUUAGGUCUUUCCUACGGCACACAGAUUGGAUCUGAGUAUUCAGAUAUGUACCCAGAUCACGUUGGUCGAAUGGUGUUGGAUGGUGUGACUAAUCGUCACAUGCAUGAAGAGGACCGGAUGACGACUUUCGCGGCUGGACUCGACGCCGUCCUUGCCGACUUUUUCAGAUGGUGUAAUGCAACAACAACAUCUGCACUUUACGGCCGAGAUCAGGCUGCUAUACUAGAUUGGAUAAUUGACACAGCGGCAAAAGGGCAAUUGUUCUCGACGGGUUGCAAUGACUUACUCGGGGUCUGCGGCGAUGGUAGUGCAGUCUCCGACUGGCUCAUUAUGCUUGCCAUUGAGACUUCUUUAAAGAUCGGGAGUUAUUUUUCAGAAUAA